CGCUAAUCCUUCGCCAUAGUAGAAUUUGGGAUACUGGGAAAGCUAGUUGCUCCUCUGAAGGAGCUCUUCUUACAUCAAAUAACAUUUCAUGCUUUUAUCGCAAGGACAGGUCCCCGUCUAGGCCAUGGCUUUAUUUGUUUUUAAUUCGCAGUCAAAGAUGGACUCAUUUCCGUUAAUAAUAUUACAUUUUAUUCUUAUCUGCGUCACUUUGCAUUGUAACAAUCUGGCCGCGGCUACAAUGUAUCCAAGACCGAACAUUGUUUUAAUUCUAACAGAUGAUCUGGAUGUAUCGAUCGGCGGAAUGAUCCCUUUGACUAAAACGAAGAAGCUUAUAGGUGAUGCUGGAAUAACAUUUUCAAACACUUUUGUUGCCAGUCCUCUUUGCUGCCCCAGCAGGGCGAGUAUCCUGACCGGAAAGUAUCCCCAUAACCACCAUGUUGUCAACAACACACUGGAGGGCAACUGCAGCAGUGUGGGGUGGCAGAAGACCCAAGAGCCCGACACCUUCCCUGCCUUUCUGCAGAAACACGGCACCUAUCAGACCUUUUUUGCUGGGAAAUAUCUCAACGAGUAUGGCAGCACAAAGGCUGGAGGAGUGGAGCAUGUUCCCCCAGGCUGGGAUCACUGGUUUGCCUUGGAAAGAAACUCAAAAUACUACAAUUACACACUGUCUGUGAACGGCAGGGCACAGCGACAUGGACAGAACUACAGUGAGGAUUACCUUACGGACGUUCUGGCCAAUAUUUCCAUAGACUUCCUAGAAAACAAGUCUAACCGCAGGCCGUUUUUCAUGAUGGUGUCCACCCCGGCUCCACACUCACCCUGGACAGCCGCUCCUCAGUACGAGAGCAGUUUCCCCAGUGUCAAAGCUCCAAGAGACCCCAACUUUAACAUACACGGCAAGGACAAACACUGGCUCAUCCGGCAAGCUAAGACCCCCAUGACAAACUCUUCAGUGGAGUUCUUGGAUAAUGCCUACAGGAAAAGGUGGCGCACUUUGCUGUCAGUAGAUGACCUGGUGGAGAAAGUGGUGAAGAAGUUGGAGGUCAGAGGAGAGCUUAGCAACACCUAUGUCAUUUUUACCUCCGACAACGGUUACCACACAGGUCAGUUUUCUCUCCCCAUGGAUAAGAGGCAACUCUACGAAUUCGAUAUCAAAAUUCCUCUGCUGGUGCGAGGGCCUAAAAUUAAACCGAACCAGACAAGCUCGUUACUCAUAGCAAAUGUGGAUUUGGGUCCAACGAUUCUGGACAUAGCAGGAUAUAACGUCAAUGAAACUCAGAUGGAUGGGAUGUCAUUUCUUCCUAUCAUGAUCGGUCAAGCAAACAGCAGCACAUGGAGAUCUGAUGUUCUUGUGGAAUAUGAAGGAGAAGGAAGCAACAUCUCAGACCCAGCUUGCCCUCUUCUGGGUCCAGGGGUCUCGGAGUGUUUUCCUGACUGUGUGUGUGAGGACUCGUACAACAACACAUAUGCCUGUGUACGCACAGUAUCACAGGUUGCCAACCUACAGUAUUGUGAAUUUGAUGAUAAUGAGGUGUUUGUGGAGGUCUAUAACCUGACAGCUGACCCUUUUGAACUGAGCAAUAUCGCCAAGAGCAUCGAUCAGGAAGUCCUGGAGAAGAUGAACCAUCGUUUAAUGAUGUUACAGUCCUGCUCAGGGCCAUCCUGCAGAACGCCAGGCGUCUACGACUCGCAGUUUAAGUUUGAUCCUCGGUUAAUGUUCAGUAGUCUAAACCCUCACAGAAACAAACUACGACAGACGCUGAAGUAGAAUGUGCUGGUUCAGUGGAAGAAUAUAAAAUGGAGGAUGAGAAUGAAAGACUGAAAAAAAAAAAAAAAAACCCACACAAAUAAAAAAAAAACAAGCCCUGUUGCCUUGAUAUUCCGAUGUUCCCCCAAAGACCCUCUGUCUCUCUUCUGAUGAGGUCAUCAGAGUGCGCCCAGGGUACUGCACACACACACACACACACACACACAACAGACACUGUCAGGAUGGCGUCUCUCCACUCCACUCCUCAUCAUUCACAUGCGAUUCAGACAAACUGCAAGCUUACACAUAUCUGUGAGAGUAUUAACGAAUAUUCCUGCUUCUUUUGAGAUACUGUUCAUUUUUUGCUGCUUUGAAAUUAAUGACACAGUUUGAGAAUGUUUGUUUCUUUUUGUUUUUAUUCAUGUUUAGAACUUUUUGUUUCACUUCUGUUACGAAAAGGGUACAGUUUUGAACAUUUGUAAUGCAAUUAAUAGAAUGUUUGAUUAUGUGCUUGUUUGAUAAAUCUAAAUAUUAAGGGUUGACCACUUCAUCUACAUAUUGUUAUAAAAACACUAAUACAGUAUAUAACAUUUAAAGUGUUUGUAGGCCUUAAAUUGUUCUGAUUACUUUGCCCACCGUGCUUUUUUGAGUUUGGUCAACGGCAAAGAUGGAAAGUUGAUUUUCUAAUAUACUUUCUGUUAAUGGUGGCAAAGGAUAUAAAGACAAUAAUUUUCUCUCAAAACGAAUAUUAACAACUGCAGAAAUUGUGAAAAGAGGAAGUUUGUUCAUCUUUUCAGUUCUUGCCACUUUAGUCAUUUAUACCAAGUGGAAAAGAGUCACAAAUUUUAUAAGUACAAAUAUUGUUUAGGAUUUCACUAUUGUCUUUUUUUUUUUUUUUUGUCUGAGUUUUGCGUGUUUGAUAAGAGAUGUCUGUUGUGAAUGAGCCAAAGGUGUGAAAACAGUAAAAUUGUUCUUAAGGGAAAUCCUGAGGUGGGUUGCUUUUGCUCAAAUUUUACACAGACACUCUACAAAGAUGCAUGCUUACAACAAGCCAAACCUUCUACCAUGAGGUAGUUUUACAUUUGGACCUUCAACAAUUAUCUGAUUCUGGAACUGGCAAUACCUUAAAUCACCCAAACUAGACUUGAAAGACUGUUGACAGGCAUAAGCACUGCAUUUGGUGUCUUUUCCGGCACAGACUUACUGUUCAAAACAUGAAAAGAUGACUGCUUUAUCGCAAUAUUUCAAGAAGUCUAUUCAGUGAAGCACUUUCCAGUCUGUGAUGUACAUGUCUGACUUGUUUUAUUAUGUUUUGCACAUCAAUCUUUCAUUAAAUGUGAUGGUCUCUUUGUUAUGA